UGGUGUCUAGCAGCAGCUCUAGCUAUAGCAUGUAGUAUAUACACUAUAAAGACAUACAGUGUAUUGUGUUUUCUGUGUGCAUAAUAGUGUUUAUUAUUUGGUGAAGUGAUUUGUUUGUAGCUUACGACUUACUACGCAUACAAUGUAUAGUUAUACAAAGUGCUCUUAAGUUGAAACAGAAGUGCGCGUAAUAUUAUAAUGUCUCUAAUAACUUCGUGGGAAAAACUACAACAACAGAACUUGCAAGGUGAAGACUUUCAACGUAUAUAUGGUGAUCAUUUCCCCAUUGAAGUACGUCAGUUGCUAUCACCCUGGUUUGAAACUAAAGUUUGGGCUGACAUUGAUCCCGAUAAUUUAGAACACGAAAACUACAUUAAAGAUUUAUUUGUUUCUUUUGUGAAUGAAAUAGUAGCUAAAGCUAAUUCUAUGGUUACAAAUGACUUGUUUGUUAACAAAUUGAAAUUGAUUGACACUGCCAAGUUGUACAAAGAAAAAUAUUCACAAAAUCCAAAGGAAUUAAUCAGAAUUAUUAAGAAGUGUUUAGAAUCAGAAACAAUAUUGGCUCAACAAAAUAAUUCACUAAUGGAAAUAAACACGAAAUCAUCUCAAGAAAUGGAGAAUGUUGAAAUAAUGCAACAAAUGGAUUUGAUUAGCAAUCACAUUACACAUACAAAUGAAAUCCGCAUGAACAUUCAGUCUGAAAUUGAUUCUUUUAAUAUUUUGUAUGCAGAAUGUGCCAAAUGUACCCAACACUUGCAACACAUGAGAAACCAAAGAAUGAGUAUCCCUCAAGGUCCAGAAAUAGAACGUAAAUUAAAACAAGAAAAAGAGCUGUACGAAGGACAACUAAAAACACAGUCAUUGAGUCUCAACAACGCUCUUUGUAUUUACAUUAAUAAAUUAAACGAAUCUUUAAAUUUGCUCAGUCCCGUACAAAGUCAUAUAAUCGAUAAAGCUUUGAUUCAGUGGAAACGUGAACAGCAGUUAACUGGUAACGGAUACAAAUACAUCAAGGAUAUAGACGUCAUACAGAUAUGGUGUGAAAAGUUGUGUGAUUUGAUAUGGAUAACGCGCUCACAAAUUAAAGAAGCCGAUCGUUUCAGAGUAAAUUUGGGUCGUUAUUUUGAAUUACCCCAGUCAUGUGAGAUUAUAAAUUCUCUUCUAGACUUGACCACGCAACAUCUAGCAUCUUUAGUAUCCAGUACGUUCGUUAUAAUAACUCAACCUCCACAAGUUCUAAAGACUAAUACGAGAUUUGUGGCCGAAGUACGUUUACUGAUUGGAGGUAAACUGAAUAUCCACAUGACUUCUCCCGUGGUUAAAGUUUCUAUAGUAAGCGAAACACAAGCAAACCAAAUAAUUGGCAGAAACAAACCAGAUGGAGAGUCAUGUGGUGAAAUACUUAAUUGCUCAGGAAAAAUGGAGUACCAACCGGUACAGAGACAUCUUUCUACCAAUUUUCGGAGUAUGCAGCUAAAGAAAAUUAAGCGUACCGAGAAAAAAGGAACAGAAUCCGUUAUGGAUGAAAAGUUUUCAAUCUUAUUUUCUUCCAAGUUCUAUAUUGGCAAUGAACUUCAAUUUGAGGUAUGGAAUUUAUCUCUACCUGUUGUGGUCAUUGUACAUGGUAAUCAAGAUCCUCACGCUUGGGCUACUGUUACAUGGGACAAUGCUUUUGCUGAACCUGCUCGAGUUCCUUUUAGUGUCCCCGACAAAGUACCAUGGAGAAGUGUUGCAGAAGCGUUAAACAUGAAAUUUUUUGCUGCAACUGGCCGUGGCCUUUCCGAUGAAAGCUUAACAUUUUUGGCUGAAAAAGCUUUUAGAAUGCAAAACGUGGAUUUCAAUCAUAUGGUGUUGUCAUGGUCUCAAUUUUGCAAGGAACCAUUGCCACAAAGAAGUUUUACAUUUUGGGAAUGGUUUUAUGCUGUGAUGAAAAUAACAAGAGAACAUCUGAAAGGACCAUGGACUGAUGGAGCAAUUAUGGGAUUUAUAAGAAAAUCUGAUGCCGAAGAAAUGUUGACUAGAUAUGCUACUGGUACAUUUUUAUUACGUUUUUCGGAUUCAGAACUUGGCGGAUUAACUGUUGCCUGGGCUGGAUCAAACGAGUCUGACGCAUAUAGUUUGCAUCCCUUUUCAGCUAAAGAUUUAUCCAUAAGGAACUUAGCUGAUAGGCUUUUGGAUUUACCGUAUCUAACUAAAUUGUAUCCUGAUAUCGAUAAAAAUCAAGCAUUUGGAAAAUAUUAUACACAGCCGCCAAAUGUAAGUACACCUGUGACAAGUAAUGGAUAUUUGAAACCACUAUUGGUUACACAUGUACCUGGGUGGGGUGGACCAGGAACCAACGGACAAGGAAUGAACAGUUACCCUAAUACGCCACAAAAUCAUAUGUUCCAUGUAAACAGUCCAGGAAACUGUAGUAUUAGAGAAACGUCAUCUGUACACAGUGAACCAGUGAAUAAUAUGAUGGCAUUUGGCAAUGACUCCUUAGAAAUGGAUUUUCCUUCGAACUUAAAUGACAUAUCGCAUGUGGAUGAAGCGUUUUUUUAAUACAAAAUAAAACAACUAUUUAGAUGUGUUAAAUAUUAUUAGAUUAGGUAAACCAUUCGAUGUCAUAGUAAUAUUAGUGCAUACACUUAACUGCUUAUGUUAGUGAUCAACUAUUUUUAUCUUCUAUUAAAUGUUCUUUUUUUUCUAAUUUAUAUUAUUUUAAACGUUUGACAUUUAUUGUAUACUCGGUGUUAUGGGACACCCCAAUAUUUCGACCUGAGUGAUUUUUUCUUUUACAAUUUUUUAUUUCUAUUAUUAUUAUUAUUAUUAUUAUUAUAAUAAUUACUUUUUUUUUUUACCGCCAUAGAUUUAUUAUUUUAAAAACGCAUUUAUUAUUAUUAUUUUUGUAUAUUAUUAAACAUUUUUGUGAUCAUCAAGUCCUUAUGGUGCCUAGUAAACAAACUGCUUCGUUUCACUAUUUUACUUUUAUUAUAUUGAUUGUUUGAUAUUGAAUUUCCAUCAAUAUUGAUCAGGUUAUUCCUUAUAUUUGGUUUUGUACUUAAAUAUUAUAUCUAUGUUAGUCAUUUUUUUUUUAAAUUUUUUUUUAUUAAUAUUGUUGUGUACAGAUGAUCUAUCGAGUAUACUCACUUAACAUUUUGACAUUUCAAUUUAUGUAACUGUACUACAAAAAUCUAUUUAUACUUAUUAUUGAUUGCAUCUAUAAAAAAUUAAUGCAUACUAAAGUUUUUUAUAUUAGGUAUUUAAUGGAGAGUGAGUAUUCUUAUUAAUCACAUUGUGUUUUCCCAUAAUAAUUAUUGGAUCCCGUUAAAAUACAAAAUUAUAUCUACUUAUUGUAUCUUAAUGUUAAAC